AUGACGAAAAGUGAAAUUAACGCGUCUUGGACGGACGGCCUUGAGAAGACUGCGAUUGCCAAGGCCCUGGGCCGGUCUGUGAAAUUCGUCGCCAAGUGGUGGCAGAAGGAGCCCAAGGAGAUUCCGAGGCCCUAUGGAGUGCACGAGUACCUGACCAAGGAGAUGGGCCGUAAUGAGCGGGGAGUCGGUGCAACGAAUGGCGCCUCCAUGACAGAGGAGUCAGUCCACGACACUGCGACAUGGUGGCGGGAUGUCGAAGUGAAACGAAAGUUCGCAAAUGACCCGGCCAUCUACGAUGAGAUCUUGCAAAAUACGGAGUGGAAGGCCAGCAAUGCCCGCACGCGAGAUUUCGCAACGGGUGCGUACCACUUGAAGUACGACCAGCGGGGCAAUAUUCGCUGGGAAGGGCAUCAAGGAGGGAAGUACAAGCCCGGGAUAUCUCCUGCCAUGGACAAGGUCAUUCAGAGGCUCUUUGUGGAGUAUGGCAUCGAGGACAGGACGUCAGGAGUGAUCACGAACUGGUACCCGGAUGGCCAAGGCAACCUGGGAAGCCACCGUCACGACUGCUGGACGGCCCUGUUUA